AUGUCACAGGCUACUCCAGCAGAUAGCAAGACCGGCAACACCGGGUUCUGGAAGGAGCUCGAGUCUUGGAAGACGCCCGAGGCUAAAGAAGUCGGUCCUCCUGUCGAGGUUGGAUCCAAAGCCCCUUGGAUGGCCGAGCUUCGCCUUCCAGAUGGAAAACCCACUCUAGUCGUCUUCCUCCGUCACUGCGGAUGUCCUUUCGCCGAAAAAACCUUCAAGUCCCUCGCGGCCCUCUCAGAAGAACACCACCAAGUCCACUGCAUCGCCGUAUCCCACUCCUCAGCGGAAGCCACAGAUCACUGGCUGCCCCAGGUCGGCGGCAGCUGGGACGUGGACAUGGUGAUUGACGAGGGCCGCGACAUUUACGCCAAAUGGGGCCUCGGAAUCUCCUCUACAUGGCACGCCGUGAACCCCGUCACGCUGUGGUCCGUAUUCAGCCUCGGGAAGAACGAGGGCAUCUGGAACCGGCCGACUGAGAGCGGCUCGCGGUGGCAGACUAGUGGCGCUUUUGCUGUGGACCGUGAUGGCACUAUCCGAUGGGCUCAUGUUUCUCGAACAGCGGAUGACGUUCCAGAUCUUCAGGCUGCGGCCACUGCCCUUGGAUUUCCACCUACAGCCGCCAAGAAGUCAUCCCACUGA